AUGCGUUUCUCAACUGCCUCCGCUGCUUCAAUGCUAGUCGGCGCCGCCAUGGCCACCGCAAAGACGACCACCUACUCAUACGGGCCCAAUGUCCGCCAAGUCUACGACGUCUACAUCCCCUCAGCCGCGAUCAACAAGACCGUAGCGACCGACAAGUACUGGUUGGUGUACAUUCACGGCGGCUUCUAUCGUAACUUCGCCCAGAACGCAACAGACAUUCUUCCCGCAAUUGCUUCCCUCGAAGCAAACAGCUCCGACGUGCUCGCAACUCAAAUCGUAGGAAUCGCAUCCCUAGACUACCGACUUUCCGCACUUCCUGGUGUUCAACCCAAUAACACGCCCACGAACGAGCUUCAGAGAGCUAGAUGGCCUGAUCACCUCAACGACGCCGUUGCCGCGCUGAAGGAUCUCAACAAACAUUAUCCGAUCGACGGCAACUACAUUGUCUCUGGCCACUCCGUCGGGGCACAAAUCGCCUUCUUCACGGCUUUGGAGACUCUAAAGGACCCCGCCGUGCCCAAGCCCGCGGCCGUCUUGGGAAUCAGCGGCAUUUACGACCUGCCUCUGCUCCAUAUCACCAACCCCGAUUAUGACUAUCUCGUACUCAACGCCAUGAGGGAAGACCAACUAGUAGGGGCCAGUCCAUCCAAGGUCGAUACUAAGCAGUACGCAGCACUUGACUUGGAGGCAUUUGUUUUGGCGCACAGCAGGAAUGACGGGCUUGUGCCUUGGGAUCAGGUCGAGUCGAUAGAAGCCACUCUGGACUCCCUACCUGAAGUAGAGAGUAAGACACACCUGGUCGAACUUGAUGGUGCGCACAACGAUAUCUGGCGUGGGGGUGUGCAACUGGCCAAGGCUUUCACAGAGACUCUAGCUAUAUUGAGGGCGGGUGCAUGA